AACACUGUUUUAUAUUUGAGUCAGGAAAGAUAAACUAGAAUUAACAGUGAAAACUUUUAAAACUGAAAUGUGUUCGAACGUGGAGCUGAAAUAAAGGUUAUUUUGUUGCUUUUUUAUAAGAUCAGGACAGAAGUGGACCAGUCUUUAAAAUUUAAAUUUUCAGUGUAAGAAGAAAAAAAAAGCAAUAAAAAUACUUGAUACAAACAUUGCCGCUAAACGUGUUAGUUAGCUCUGCAGUUAAAAAUUUUGCAUGCUGGUAUUUUAUAGUGCUCAGUGCAAUCUGGAAGUUAUAUUGGAAAAUGUUUUCGAAACUCACGACGACAUUAGUACCCAGCACAACUCGCUCGCCUGUCUACUGGAUAGAACUGAUUCCAGCGAAAAAACAUAGCAAUCGAGAAUGUCCGCAAGAUGACGGAGCUUGUUUAAUGCGAGUGCUAAGAAACUCGACGCCUUACGACGACACGGUAUGCUCGCAGCUACCGGACAACGUACACGAGAAUAUAAAACAAAAAGAACUCAUUCCUUUGACAAUUUUAAUUAUUUUGACAAAUUUUCUCGUGCUAUUGUUUAUAAUUGCGAACAAGAGAUUUCAUACGCCGACAUAUAUAUUUGUGGCAUCACUGGGCGUUGCCGAUUUAUUUGUUGGAUUUGUUUCUAUAGUAACAAUAGCAACAAAAGCCAAUGAGAAAAGUCAGGACAUGUGUCUGGCAAGGAUUGGCUUCACCGUUGCAGCCAUUUCCGCUUCAGUCUGGUCGCUCACGUGCGUAGCACUUGAUCGGUAUAUUGCAGUAACCCGUGCACUUCUUUAUAAAUCCAUCAUGACAAAAAAGAAAACAGUUAUUGGGAUAACGUGCUCUUGGGUAUUUUCCAUGGUAGUUGGAUUUCUUCCUAUGGCAGGAUGGAAAAAUGAUUCUUACAAAUUUUACUGUUCCUUCAUGUAUGUUUUACCUGAAUAUUACAUUGUAUUUUUAUUUUCCGUUUCCGCUGUGAUACCAUUUACGACAAUGUUCAUAAUUUAUGGAAUUUUAUUCAAAAGUGCAAGAUUUCAUAUAAAACAGAUUGAGAUCAUCGAAAAGCUGCAGUCAGACAAGCGGAAUAGCGGAAUGUUCGGUAUUUCGAGUAGAAAUCUCCGAUCCAUAAAAACAUUUGCUGCUAUACUUGGCUGUGUGGUGAUAACAUGGCUGCCCUUCCUCAUAGCUACAACAGUUCAAAUUAUUCAAACUACGAGAAAUUGUACUUUGCAUGAGGUUAUUGGUACACAUUUACUGGUUCUCGGCUUUUCUAAUUCGUUCCUUAAUCCACUUAUAUAUGCUUUAGGAACCAAAGAUUUUCGGGAAAAAGUUGGACAAGUAUUUAGAAGACGUUGCAACGUGUUAAAUUCGUCACAAGUGUUUCCAAAUGACGACGCUGGUCCUCAGUCAGUAACUAGGUUUUAGUGUAGUCUAGUUUAGUUUAGUUUAGUUUAUGCUUAUUCAAUUUCAAUGGUUAUUAAAAAGAGAUAAUUGAAUCAAUAUUGGCUCUGCCUCUUGGAAAAAAAAACGGUUUGGUGCUUUGUGAGGAUGCUGUCUUUAAACAACAAGAUUCUCAGCUGGUCUGUCGAAACUUUGACAGUAUUCGAUUCAAACUAUUCCAAUCAAUUAGAUUUGGAAUAUAUCACACCGUAUAACCGGCACCAGUGUCGAGAGGUCACUAUCACAAUGACAAACACCAACUUUACGGCGAAUUACUGGUAUGUAAGAUAUUUGAUUGUUGAAUGUAAAUAUAAACGGAUAACGAAAGUAUCAUUUUCACGAACUUCUGUUUAUUGACUAGAAAAAAUAUCAUAUAUUUUUGAACUCGAUAUUUCCGUGGAAUAAACAACUCUAAUUUGUUUUCAGUAACGUAAAUUUAUCAAGUUUGUUCCGCUACAGUAAUAUUUGUCUGUCACUGAAUUACAUCAGACUUAUAUGCAGAUUGGACUUGAAAUGAACAUAUGCACCACAUAUUUAUAACCAUUUGCAUUAUUUUUCAGCAUGUCAUAUCCCACCGCCGUUCCAGAAAACCUGUUGAAAAAUGCAUCUGUAUCUACAACCAGUGAAAGAAUCUGAUAUUGUGUUUCUAAUAAUUAUUUGAAUAUUAACUGUAACAGUUUUAUUAUAUGGCCGUGUUCUGGAGAGUAGCAGCUUUCAAUGCAUUUCUGCCUUUACACGUAUUUAUAGAUGA